CAAGUAGGAACCUUCGGCAGGUGGACGUGUUUCUGCGGGGAUGUUAAACGCUGUGCGCAUCGGCCGGCCACAAACAACAGCAAAGAAGAUUCAACACUCGCCGAUGAGAACAUUAUGCGUAUUUUCAUCUUUGUUUGAAUAAUAUGAAUAAAGAAUCACAAAUGAGGGCUGCCAUUAACCAGAAGUUAAUUGAGAUGGGUGAGAGGGAGAGGUUAAAGGAGUUGCUCCGUGCCAAGCUCAUUGAGUGUGGCUGGAGAGACCAGCUUAAAGCAUUGUGCAAAGAUGUGAUAAAGGAAAAGGGUAUUGAGAAUGUUACUGUAGAGGACUUGGUCGCUGGAGUUACUCCUAAAGGAAGAGCCCUGGUUCCUGACAGUGUAAAGAAGGAGCUACUGCAGAGAAUAAGAGCUUUCCUUGCCCAGCACUCUACAUGAUGCUCAGUAUAUUCUGAGAGUAUCUGUCAUUUUUGUAUUGGAAUUAUGCCAACAGUUAUGCCAGAGUACUAAAAAUGGGUUCAACUGGUUUUAUGGUGUGAUUUUGCUCUUCGUGUAUUUUUGUUACUGCCAAUAAAACGAUCAUGUUUGUACAUAU